AUCCAAUCCGAGAUCGAUAGUUCCAUCUGACGAAUCAGGCUGCUGCAAACAAGUCCACUAAUGAUGACGUACAAACAUGCGUGUGCUCUUCAGAGGCGAUGUUGAGGAUUGUUCCUAGAAUCUUCUCACUACUACAAACUCAAAACUGCGUGAAAUCUCGCUAUCGAUACCGGACCCUGUGUUCAGCGGUCCUGCAGCCGGAUCGAGCAUCAACUUGUCCUGUGAGUGUUUCGAAGCCGAUGCUUGGGCAGCAACAACACAGCGGGAUGGAUCCCAGCCUAUACACAGCUCCUCCUGAGGUCCGAGGUAUGACCUGUUUGGAUAAAGAAGUCUUCUCCCAGACAGUUAUUGUCCCAGCCCUGCGUGUGCCAAAAGAAGUCCUGAAUAAAUUGGUAAAGAGCCUGAAAAAAGUAGCACUUCAGCGCCCGGGCAUACGAAGAGUGGUGGAGGUCGAAGGCAGCGAUGACGACAGGCUCUUGUUGCUGGACCCUGCCAGUGUCUCCUCACCCAGCUCAUUCAGCGACGCAGAGGCCGAGGUGUUGCGGUCAUUUGGAGUACCUCAAGAGCUCCAGCGGUACGAGCUGCGGCUGACCUACGACAACCUAAAGAGUGAGGAAGUUCUGCGUGCUGUGCUGCCAGAAGGACAGGACGUCACCUCUGGGUUUAGUCGAGUGGGUCACAUUGCGCACAUGAACCUGCGGGAGCACCAGCUGCCCUACAGAAACCUCAUAGGCCAAGUCAUAAUGGAUAAGAACCCUGGGGUGACCUGUGUGGUCAAUAAGACCAACACCAUCGACUCCGCCUACCGCAACUUCAAGAUGGAGGUGAUGGCUGGAGAGGAAAACAUGGUGGCCAAAGUGCGUGAGAAUGGCGUGACGUACGAGUUUGAUUUCUCCAGUGUGUAUUGGAACCCUCGUCUUAGCACGGAGCAUGAGCGUGUGGUGGCCCUUCUGAAACGCGGUGACACUGUGCUGGAUGUGUUCGCUGGCGUGGGUCCCUUUGCCAUCCCCGCUGCCCGCCGUGGCUGCACUGUGCUGGCCAACGACCUCAACCCUGAGUCUCACCGCUGGCUGAAGCACAACUGCAAACUGAACAAAGUGGAGCGUAAGGUCACCACCUUUAACCUGGACGGCAGGGCCUUCAUCCACGGGCCACUUAAGCAGGAGCUGCCUGUCAUGAUGAAGGGGACAGCCAGUGUGCAUGUGGUCAUGAACCUGCCUGCCUUGGCCCUGGAGUUCCUGGAUGCCUUCAGAGGCUUGCUGGACCAGGGACUUUCCUGUGAUGUGAAUCUGCCGCAGGUGCACUGCUAUGGGUUCUCUAAGAAAGACGACCCCCAGAAAGACGUGGUGGAAAGGGCCUCAGCCAGCCUGGGGUUCUCCCUAGAGGGGCUGUGCUCUGUGCAUCUAGUGAGGAACGUGGCCCCCAACAAGGAGAUGAUGUGUGUGAGCUUCACCAUCCCCAAAGAGGUUCUCUUCAGCAGUGAGAGCACACAGACAGAAGCCAUAGAAGAACCAGCCCCAAAGAGACAGAAGUGUGAGGAGACAGAUUGAAUAUAUUUGACCAAGGAGGUCAUUCUGAGACAUUGAAUUGUACAUUUUAUUUUUGAUCUUUGAAUUCUGUUCAUGUUAUUUUAUAGUAAAGUGUCAAUGAGGCUGACAUGAUCUAAAUCAUGGUUAUGCUUUGACCUAAAAAUAACAUCCAAAUGAGUAUGUGUUGACUGUAUUUCAAAUACUGGUACCAUUAUCCAGGUCCAACAAUUAGGGAUUGUUUCAAUAGUUUUCUUAUCCAACAACUGGCUUCGUUAUUUUUAUUUAAAAAACACAUAAGAUCAUACAAAAAUGGCAACAUAUACACUACCGUUCAAACAUUUGGGGUCACUUAGAAAUGUCCUUGUUUUCGAAAGAAAAGCAAUUUUGU